AUGGACUUGUCCGAGGACCCAAACUCAGACCCAUCCAUCUUCGAUUUCCUCCCAGACCCGCCGCCCGAUCCUGCCCCCGGCAACCCCAUCCUCACCACGGCGGAAGAGAAUGGCCUGGCGAACAUCUUGGCUGGAAUCGUCUCAAAUGGCUAUGGCGAGCAGAACUUUGGCGAGGGAGUAACCGGGGACGAGUGGAUGAUGCCUCCUAACUUGAUGGGCACCGCUACGUCUUUCGGCCUCCAUCCUCAAAUAUCCAUGCAAGACCAUCUUCUCAACAACGCCUUCUUUCAGACUACCACCCCUCAGACAUUCGCGACGAACGAUUCCCUGCUUGCGUCCGCUCCACCCGCAACAACGACAUCAAAUGGCUACGCCGCCGGUCCCGGUCCUUCACACCCCACCUCCUCACCCGUGACAGGCGCACCCCCAAACGCUUACGCAACGGCUGGCGCUCCCCUCACCGACGCUUCCCCCAUACAUCAUCACCCGAUUGAUCAGCCACAGCCAUCAGAGGACGUCCUGGCGGCAGCAAAUGUUCUCCACAGCGGAUCUCAUGGCCGGUCGCACAGCGUCCAACACGAGACCAUGUUCUCAAAUGCUUCCCAAAGGACGAGUACCAUGGGGCCCCCAGUUGGCCACCUGAGGCACCAGCAAUGGAGCGAGUUCAAGCAAGAAGGACGGCGCAUGUCACAGUCUACUCACGCAGCUGAGCAAGAAGCGGCCUUUUCCAGCUGGAUCUAUGGCUCCGGGGCCCAGCCGAGCCAGAGAAACGAUCCACCUCGGGCUCCGAUAGACUUGCAAUACGGCACGGAUCAGAACUUCAACAACAACAACCAGCCCUUUGUACCCCCAAGCGAGAAGGACAGCUCAGAAGCAAUACAAAAAGAACACAUGCGGUACUUCAGCGCUAUAGAACUGUCGAAGAGUGCAAAUCCGACGCGGCCAGCGAGUCCGACCAUGAACGCCGAGGGGCUACCUUUCAACCUCAAAACCCGCGUGCCACCGCCGAUCAAAAUUGAGGCGAACGGUGACGGUGGGAAGAAAUGGCGCAAGGGCAAGCGUGAAGAGGAAGAAGAUGAUGAGGAGCCUCAGUCCGCAGUGUCGAAAACAUCGGCACGAAAACGGAAACAGAAAGGCGAUCCUGCCCACUCUCCUGGUGGUGUCGCAGAGGGCGCAGGGUCCGGAAAGCGGAGGAAAUCGUCUGCUGCAGCCAAGAGGGAAAACUUGACUGAGGAUCAGAAACGCGAGAACCACAUUAACAGCGAAAAGAAGCGAAGAAAGGUCAUUCAGACCGGGUUUGAGAACCUGGCCGUCAUGGUGCCUGCUAUCAAGGGUGGCAACCCGAGCAAGAGCGCCAUGCUGGAGGCGGCCGUCGCGUGGCUGGAGGAACUGUUGGACGGCAACGAGACCCUCAAGGCGCAGCUGUCCCAACUCUAG